AUGUCUUCUUCUUCGUUCACCGCCGCGUCUUCACAAGAAUUCGAAAUGGACAAAUCCAAGAAUCUCAAAGAGAAAUUGGAGAGAACGAAGCUGGAAAACGUGACACUUCAACGAGAAAUGGAUAUGCUGGAAUUUGUGAAAAAUGAGAUUCUCAAUGAUUUUAUGAAAUCUGAGGAGAAGGGGAAGACCAUCGACUCGAAGAUAUCUGAAUUGGAAGCAACGAAUAGGGGUGCUGAGCAAUUGAUCAAGGUGAAUGGAGAUGAGUUGAGGAGACUUCGUUCAGCACUCGAGAAGAAGACCAACAUUGAGAACGCGUUUGAAUGA